GCGGGUCAAGCUUUACAUGACAUGAGCGUCGCUCGCUGUGAAAGAAUCCUCGUGGGGACAGUAAUAAAGCUUUGUCUUGUUUAAUAUAAACGACAUAAGCGAAUGAGCUGUUGAAGCGUUCUCUUUUACUCAACAAAAUUGUUUGAUCUUCAAUUAUAUUAAAUAUCUUGUGGAAAUAUAACGAUCAUGGAUGCGAGCAAGAAACGGGCAGGAGCAAGUAUCAAGUCCGCAUCACCCGUGAAGAAACAGCGAGGUAGCAAGAAAGCUCAGAGUGGUAAGGGAAAAAAAGAUCCAAACAAACCCAAACGACCAAAAACAGCGUAUUUACAUUUUAUGGACGCAUUCCGUUCUCAACGUAAAAACGAAUCUGUGAAUGGCGAAGAGAAAUCAACUAAGAUUGGUGAUGUAGCCAAAGACGGAGGAGCUGCAUGGGGAAAAAUGUCCGAGGAAGAAAGAAAGCCAUACGUUGAAAAAUACCUGAAGGAGAAGGAAGAAUACGACCGAAAAAUGAAACUUUUAAAACCUGGCAAAGAUGAAAACAAGCCAAAGAAACCAAUGACAUCAUUCCUGUAUUUCCUGGAAGAAUAUCGUGAAAUUAAAAAGGCCGAAGGCUUGACUGGGCCAGAUGUGUCAAAGAAAGCUGGUGAAGAAUGGCGUUCUAUGUCUGAUGAGAAGAAAAAGAAGUAUCUUGAUAGACAAGAAAAAGCAAAAGCCCAAUAUGACAUAGAUAUGAAGGAGUACCUUGCAAAGAAUCCAGCACCAUCUCCACAAAAAAAAGUAAAGAAGGCAAAGCCUCAAGAGGAAAGUGAGAGUGAAGAAGAAGAAGAGGAAGAAGAAGAGGAGGAAGAGGAGGAAGAAGAAGAAGAAGAGAGUGAUUAAAUAUAUUUUACAUUCAAACGUUUUUGGUGCUUGUAUGUAGCUAUCCAUUUUAAAGAGUUUUUUCUUGAUGUUGUACAUUAGACUGUUGAGAUACUUUCCCUUACAAUUUCAUAGCAAUCAGAUACACUGUUUGUUGUAUUUUUGCCAACUACUAGUUUUUCAGUUGGUUCCAAUUGAAAAUAUCUUUGUGAUAAACUAUAGGUAGUAUUGUAUAUUUAUUGUUGAUUCUUAGGUCUAACGAGCUGUUAAGUAUAAGAUGGUUAUGACAUUGUAGUGGAAUAUCUUUGUUGAUGAUAAGUAAUAAAGAAAUCCAAGUUAUUUUA